AUGGAAGAAGACAAAAACAAAACAAAGACACAAAAUCCUAUGACUAUCAUAACAUCGGACGAUUUAGUAAGAGAGAUUCUCAAGUUCCUUCCUGCAAAAUCACUCGAUAGAUUCAAAUCCGUGUCAAAACAUUGGAGGGCGUGGGCGUCGAUUGAGAUUCAAUCAGCCUUAAAAUUCCUUGUUGUUGAUCAACUGCCAUCAAAGGUUGAGGAAGAUUCAAACGCUAUAACUUUGCUUUUAGAGACCUUUUCUCGAGAUCAUGACAACAACGGACAAAUACGUCCUUCUUUAUCACGUUCUUGCACUAUUUCUGAUUAUUCAAUCGAAGAAUCUCAAAGGAACGUUAUUCUAGUCUGGGGAUCUUGCGACGGAUUGGUCUUAAUUAGCUUUUACGCUCUUAUUCGCGAUAUGAACUUUUACGGUAAUACUUUUAGAUAUGACGGUUUUAAGUACAUUUACCUAAUCAACCCAAAGACGAUGGAGCAGCGGACGCUUUCUCUGGCGUCGUUAAAGAAGACCGAAAAUCAACGAGGUCCAGUGAGUAGUUUUCCAAUUUCCGUUGGAUUUGGGAAAGACAUCAUCACAGGAUCAUACAAAGUGAUCUUGAUGUAUUUGUACAAGCCUAUUCUUGUUAAUGCAAGUGUGAGGAUCACGGUACUAAGCCUCAAUAGCGGAGAGCAACGGAACGCUGGUGUAUUCCCUGUUUUUUUCUAUCAUAUUCCCGAUGAGCUAACAUCAGUGUAUGUAAACGGGUCACUUUUCUGGUUGAUCGGGGAUACACCUACAAGACUAGUAGCAAUGGAUCUUCACACUGAAAAAUUUCGAUUAGUAUCAUUACCAAAUUGGUACACCAAAUACUCUCGUGGUAUGCGAAUGUGGAGUUUGAAUGACCGUUUGUGUCUAUCAGACGUCCUACAAUGCUCCGAUUUGGAUGUUUGGAGUCUCCAACAAGAAGAUCCUUAUGAAAAAUGGGAGAAAAUAUAUACCUUCAAUAUUUCAAAUAUUGGUUGUUUAGACCAAAGAUUUUGGAAGCUUGGUCUAGCGGCCGCAUACUUUAGAAGAAGCGGGAGAUCUCGUUCGAAUGGCGAUUUCUUAGAUUAUCUGAGAACAACUGUGUAUACCCCAACCUUGAUUUCUCCUUAUCGAUUGUGA